GCGCAACGAUAAUGCAUGGUGGCUUUUAUAAGAUAGAGCUAGGUGCGGAUCAGGGCUGUGGUGUAGUGGUUACAAGACAACGAGUGUGUUUGUGACAGUAAAACAUGACAGUGGUUGCGAAGAUGUGGACAACCUGUGCCAGAGUUCUUACACACGUAUGAUAUUAUCCACCAUACAGAUAAUGGACAGGGCGGCCGAGGUAGGGGCUCCAGUGAUAGGUCUCAACACCUCUGGUGGAGCCAGGAUCCAAGAGGGUGUGGAUUCCCUCGCGGGAUAUGCUGACAUCUUCCUGAGGAAUGUCAUGUUCUCAGGCGUGAUUCCCCAGCUCUCCCUCGUCAUGGGUCCUUGUGCCGGUGGAGCUGUCUACUCUCCAGCCAUGACUGACUUCACCUUCAUGGUGAAGGUAUAUAAACCACACCCACCAUUUCACUUCCGUCUAUUAUCUACCACCCAACCGGGCAACUCUUUCACUUUAGAACACCUCCUACAUGUUUGUGACUGGACCAAAGGUAGUCGAGAGACAGAGAAGUUCCAGGGCUGGACUACAUAGUCCCCCACUCUUCAGACCAACCUUAUGACAUGUUGGACAUAGUGAGACAGGUUGUGGACGAGGGUAACUUCUUUGAGAUAAUGCCAGACUAUGCCAGGAACAUAAUAGUGGGGUUUGCCAGGUUCAAUGGGAGGUCGGUGGGCAUUGUAGGCAACCAGCCCAACCAGAAGGCAGGCUGUCUGGACAUUCUGUCAUCAAUAAAGGGUGCCAGAUUCGUUCGAUUCUGCGAUGCUUUUGGGAUACCUCUCGUGACUUUUGAGGACGUCCCUGGAUUCCUCCCUGUCAUGUGACUGUAGGUACACAUGAGGAGUAUAACGGGAUCAUUAGAAAUGGAGCAAAACUACUAUUUGCUUAUGCUGAAGCCACGGUCCCGAAAAUCACAGUCAUCACUCGAAAGGCCUAUGGAGGGGCCUAUGAUGUGAUGAGUUCCAAGCAUCUCCGUGGUGAUAUUAAUUACGCUUGGCCGACUGCCGAGAUUGCUGUAAUGGGUGCAAAGGGAGCUGUUGCUAUAUUGCACAGAGAUAAAAGUCCUGAAGAUCAUCCAGCCCUUCAGGACGAGUACGAGCGAACCCUCUGCACCCCAUUCCAAGCGGCAGCGAGAGGAUUUAUCGAUGACAUCAUCCUCCCUCGUGAGACGAGACUGAGAAUCUGUGAGGACCUUGAACUCUUGGCCACAAAGAAGCAGGACAUGCCAUGGAAGAAACAUGGCAACAUCCCUCUCUGAAACUUGCUUUUUGUUAGUCAAAUGUGCAUUAUAGUAGUUGCAGAUGCGGCAUUCAUACCUUUCAAGAUUUUGAGAUAAAACUAUGA